AUGCCUAAAGUCUCAAGAGGGAUCGGUGAUAGAGCUAAGGCGUCACCCGAAAGAGGCGCGCAGGACGGAAGAGGCGGAGCCCAAGUCAUGUGGACAGUAUGCGAGGGCUAUCGAAGAGUGAACGUCUCGGCCAAAGAACUCAGUGACUCUGAACGUAAGAUUGCUCAACAGGAACCCUCGAGAGGAGCGAAAGUCAGAGAAAUCGGAGAGGGGGUCAUGCUCUACUACAACGAAGAAGAAACCAAACGAAACGGUGUGGUCAUUGCAGUAGCGGAGUUCCUGAAAGACUCUGUCUCCGCUAUCAACAGGAUUAACGAUCGAAUCAUGGCUGUGAGUAUAGGCCAUCAGAUCAGUUCUGGACGGAGAUAUCUCAUCAUAGCGAGUGAUCUGAAUGGCCACGUCGGUGGUGAACGGAGUGGACUUGAAAGGGUUCCCUGUGGCAGAGUAGUUGGAGUCAGUAAAGGAGUUGGAGAAAAUCCUUGA